CAGCUGCUCAGCGUAAAGUUGUGUACGCGGAAGAAACUGCAAUUCGUUUGGCCGAUUCGCAGUGGAACAGUUUAUAAUUCCGGACGGCAGGAUUUCAUCUGGCAGAGAGCCACCGCGCAGCCAACUAGCCAGUUGUUCCGAUCCGCGAGAACACCGAUAUUAGUCCGGAUUCCGCAACACAACGACACGGCCAAUAAGCCAACAACAAGAAAUCGAGUGUGCGCCCUGCAGCAAAAACAAAAACAACAGAAAAACCGAGAGUUUCCCGUGUGUUCGCAUUUACCAAAUUUGUUGGCCAAAUAAAGUAGAAAUCGGUUUUCGCAAAACGAAAGUGCCGCAAUUAGUGGUUAUAUAAAUGUAAGCUAAACAACGCGUCGUGCAAGAAACUAUGUGGAUUUGUUCGCAAAAAGUUGACAAAUCGAGAAGAACUAGCAGCGAGUACUAGGUCAUAAACGCACGACCUCUCCAACUGGAAACCUCAAUUAUAGAUCCACCCCAUUUAAAUUUCUUUUGUGGAUAAAGGCGCGUGUCGUCGAUUUGUCACCAAACAUCACCAAACAGCCGAUCCCUCGCCGAAAAGCAAGCCAGCCAAGAUUGGCCAGAUCUGGACGGGAUUUGGAGGAGCCGCAGCCAUGAUUGGACGUCUGUUUCGCGCCCACGGCGAGUUCUGCGCCUCGCAUCCAUGGGAGGUCAUCGUCGCCCUGCUGACCAUCACGGCCUGCAUGCUGACGGUGGACAAGAACAAUACCCUGGAUGCGAGCAGCGGUCUGGGCACGGCCACCGCCUCAGCAGCCACCGCAGGAGCUGGAGGAUCAGGGGCUAGUGGAGCAGCCAUGCCACCACCGUCCGUGGGUGGAUCGGCGACCUCCAGCCGGCACAGACCCUGCCACGGCUGGAGCCAAUCCUGCGAUGGCCUCGAGGCGGAGUACAAUGCCGCCGACGUCAUCCUGAUGACCAUCGUGCGCUGCACGGCGGUGCUCUACUGCUACUACCAGUUCUGCAGCCUCCACCGGCUGGGAUCCAAAUAUGUGCUGGGCAUCGCCGGCCUCUUCACGGUCUUCUCCAGCUUCAUCUUCACCACGGCCAUCAUCAAGUUCCUGGGCAGCGACAUCUCCGAACUGAAGGACGCCCUGUUCUUCCUGCUGCUGGUCAUCGACCUGUCCAACUCGGGUCGGCUGGCCCAACUGGCGCUCUCGGGCAGCAACCAGGCCGAGGUGACGCAGAACAUUGCCCGGGGUCUGGAGCUCCUGGGACCCGCCAUCUCCUUGGACACCAUUGUGGAGGUGCUGCUGGUGGGCGUGGGCACUCUUUCGGGGGUUCAGCGACUGGAGGUGCUCUGCAUGUUUGCGGUGCUCUCGGUGCUGGUCAACUACGUGGUCUUCAUGACCUUCUAUCCCGCCUGCCUGUCGCUGAUCUUCGACCUUUCCCGCUCCGGCGUCGACAUGUCAGUGGUGCGGGAGAAGGCAAAGGGCUCCUUGCUCCUCAAGUCGCUCACCGAGGAGGAGCAGAAGGCCAAUCCGGUGCUGCAGCGCGUCAAGCUGAUCAUGACCACCGGUCUGAUGGCCGUGCACAUCUACAGUCGAGUGGCCUUCUCCGGCAGCGACUACGAUUCCGUGGACAAGACCCUUUCCCCCACGCUAAGUCUGAAUGUUAGCAACAAUCGCACGGAGUCGGGCGAGAUCACCGACAUUAUCAUCAAAUGGCUUACCAUGAGCGCCGAUCACAUAGUAAUCUCCAUUGUUCUCAUCGCCCUGGUGGUCAAAUUCAUUUGCUUCGACAAUCGCGAUCCUCUGCCCGACCAGCUGCGCCAUUCGGGUCCUGUGGAAAUUGCCGCCAAGGCCUCCCAAACCACGCCCAUUGAGGAGGAGCAGGAUGGGCACUCGAACCAGUCGGGGAUCAGUGCAGUUCCACCUGCAAUCCGUGCCCCACUUUUCACCAUCGAAGAGCAGAGCUCGGCGAAUGCUUCCACGCAGACGGAGCUACUGCCCCUGCGCCACCGCUUAGUGGGUCCGAUCCGACCUCCCCGCCCACUGCAAGAAUGCCUCGACAUCCUGAACUCCCACGAGGAUGGCAGUGGACCCGCUUCCCUGAGCGACGAAGAGAUCGUGACCAUCAUCCAGGCAGGCGGCACGCACUGUCCGCUCUACAAGAUCGAAUCCGUGCUGGAUGAUCCCGAAAGGGGAGUGCGAAUCCGACGACAAAUCAUUGCGGGACGCGCCAGGAUGCCGGUGGGUCGACUGGAUGUCCUGCCCUACGAACACUUCGACUAUCGCCGUGUGCUGAACGCCUGUUGCGAGAACGUUUUGGGUUAUGUGCCCAUUCCCGUGGGUUAUGCCGGUCCACUGCUGCUGGAUGGGGAGACCUACUACGUGCCGAUGGCCACCACCGAGGGAGCUCUAGUGGCGUCCACGAACCGCGGCUGCAAGGCUCUCUCAGUUCGUGGAGUCCGUUCCGUUGUGGAGGAUGUAGGCAUGACCAGGGCGCCCUGUGUGCGUUUUCCCAGUGUUGCUCGUGCUGCUGAAGCCAAGUCCUGGAUCGAGAACGAUGACAACUAUCAGCUGGUGAAGACCGAGUUCGAUUCCACAUCCCGAUUCGGUCGGCUGAAGGAGUGCCACAUUGCCAUGGACGGACCGCAGCUGUACAUUCGUUUUGUCGCCACCACCGGCGACGCCAUGGGCAUGAACAUGGUGUCCAAGGGCGCCGAGAUGGCCCUGCGUCGCAUCAAGCGCCAGUUUCCCGACAUGCAGAUCAUCUCGCUCAGCGGCAACUUUUGCUGCGACAAGAAACCGGCGGCCAUCAACUGGAUCAAGGGACGUGGCAAGCGGGUGGUCACCGAGUGCACCAUUUCGGCGGCCACACUGCGCUCCGUUUUGAAGACGGAUGCCAAGACGCUGGUCGAGUGCAACAAGCUUAAGAACAUGGGCGGCAGUGCAAUGGCUGGAAGUAUUGGUGGCAACAAUGCCCAUGCGGCGAACAUGGUCACCGCCGUCUUUCUGGCCACCGGGCAGGAUCCCGCCCAGAAUGUUACCUCGAGCAACUGCUCCACGGCCAUGGAGUGCUGGGCGGAGAACAGCGAGGACCUCUACAUGACCUGCACAAUGCCCUCGCUGGAGGUUGGCACCGUAGGCGGCGGCACCGGGCUGCCCGGCCAGAGUGCCUGUCUGGAAAUGCUCGGCGUGCGAGGAGCACACGCCUCGCGGCCAGGCGACAAUGCCAAGAAGCUGGCCCAGAUCGUCUGCGCCACGGUCAUGGCCGGCGAACUGAGCCUGAUGGCCGCGCUGGUCAACAGCGAUCUAGUCAAGAGUCACAUGCGUCACAAUCGCUCCUCCAUCGCCGUGAGCAGCGCCAACAAUCCUCUCAACGUGACCGUGUCCAGCUGCAGCACCAUUAGCUAAGAUUGGGCGUCCCAGGGGCGCCGACUUCUACCCUUUUGUACAUAGAGUCUCUUAGCGGGCAGGCCAGGCGUUGCAACUCAUUUCUUUAGGUGUUACCUUGUAGUUGACUGUUUCACAAAUUGCUUGAUAAAUAACCAACCUGAUUGGCCUGGCCAAGGAACCGAACAGCAAGCAGCGUCCUCCUCCAGAGCGGCGUAUCCUUCCAAGCCAAUGCUGGGAGCGUAGGCUGGGAUGAUCCGUAUCCACUGUGGCUGCUACUUCCAACUUAGAUUGUAUGUUUUGUCAUAAUGCUAUUUUUUUCUACCUAUAUAACUAAAUACUGAACGAAGAUCCCUUGGAAUCGCCUCCAGAUGCCAGCCAAAUGGAGCUAUGACCAGGAUUCGUGCAAGCGCUGAACUUGUAAAAAGUAUUUCCUAAGCGAAAAGUAGUACGUAGGGUUUAUAUAGUGACUAAAUUAAAACGUUUAAUUAAAGCGAACAUGAUCGAUAUCGAUAUCUUAA